GAUCGUCUUUUAUCAAACAAACGCGGGAAGUUCGAAAUUUGAACAGAGCGAUGAACUCCUUGUUUAGAAGUUCACGAAAAGGCUAAAUAUGGAGGAAGAAGAUGAAUUUGUAGGUUGCAUUAGUUGCACAAAUACUAAUGAUUUAUGCGACCUAUUUGUUGCUUACGCAAAUAAUGAAGAAACAUACGGACAAAUGCUUGAAACCUGCUUUGAUGUAAAGGUGUCAAAUUAUUUUAAAUAUAUAUGCACCAAUUGCGUCGAAAAGUUAGAAAAGGCGAAUACAUUUAAAAGUCAAACUAUCAAAACGAUUGAUACACUACAAACUAUCAAAGAUGAAGAAUAUCUCGACGAAGCCAUCCUGGAAGCUGAUGAAGCUCAGGGUAAAUCAAGUAAAGCCAUCACCAGGAAGUCCGCGAGUGAUAACGACGAAAAUGAUGAAGUGUUUGUCCUGGAUGGACGGAAGGUUCGUGAAUGUAACCUGUGCGGGGCGUCGUUGAGAGAUUUGGCCGAUCAUUUCAAUAGGUGUCACAAUCCGAGCACGGAAACCGAGGGACGUCAGUACGCGUGUCAUUUCUGCGACAAUGUGUACAAUAGCAAGAAGGCUUGCUUUACUCAUCUCAGGAUGAAGCAUGGAUUGAAACUCUGUAACGACCACGCGCCAAAAUAUUCGUCACGUGACCGAAAGAAGUGUCACAUUUGCGGACGUGACUUCAGCCAGAAGCAGAUUCUGAACAAUCACCUGUGGAAAGCCCAUGGUUUUGAGGUAGAGAAACGUAAAGCGUUCUUUUGUCCGCUGUGCUCUGAGCGCGUGAGCUACGGAGCGAACUUCAGCGCCCAUCUCCUCCAGCGACACCACGUGACGGAGCAAGUGGAACAGCUCGAGUUCAGCUCGAUGGAUGACUUUAUGAUGUACAAAAGUGCUAUCCAAGAGGAGACGAAGUUCCGUUUCCGCAAGACGACGGCGAGCAAGCAGACGAUUGAAGGCGUCCGGUCUCACUACAUGUGCAGCCAGUCUGGGAUAUACGUUUAUCAGGGUAAAGGCAAGCGUCCAGCCCCCGAGCGUCAGAUAUACAAGACGGGUAAGGCGUGCCCCGCGCACAUGAUCGUCACCGAGACGCUGGAUAAAGUGCUCGUGACGUUCUACAAGACGCACGUGGGACACGGAAGUGAGUUUAGAGAAUGUUCGUAA